UAUUCUGCCACUAGAUUACAACCCACAACACAAGUUGAUCAAUUCUCUCUCACAUUAAUUCACAUAACAAACACCGCCGGAAAACUCAAGAAACCCGCCGGAAAUCCACCAAUUCCGUCCAACCAUCGUCACAGAUCUAGUCACGUAUUACAAUGGAUAAAAAGAUAACUUGUUUGAACCUUUUUGAGAAUAUUGAUCUCGCAACCGAGCUCAAAUUAGGAUUGCCGGGAACCGACGACCAGCCAGAGAUGAAAAUGAGCUUUUCCGGCAACAAAAGGAGUUCAUCGGAGAUGGGAUCAAGCACUUGCACAGAUGAAAAUGAAUCAAGAUUUUCACCACCCACCAAGGAACAAGUUGUGGGAUGGCCACCGGUGAGAUCUUACCGGAAAAACGUACUUCAAGGGAAUUAUGUGAAAGUGAGCAUGGAUGGAGCUCCAUAUCUAAGGAAAAUAGACCUCAAAAUGUACAAAAGCUAUGGAGAACUCAUGAAGGGUUUGCAAGAGAUGUUUAAGUGCAUCAUAGGGCUGUACUCUGAGAGGGAAGGGUACAAUGGGUCAGAGCAUGCACCAACUUAUGAAGACAAAGAUGGAGAUUGGAUGCUUGUAGGUGAUGUUCCAUGGGAAAUGUUCAUAAGUUCUUGCAAAAGACUUAGAAUCAUGAAGGGUUCUGAAGCAAGGGGAUUGGGUGAUUCUUUAUAACUAAAUCAAGCACAUUAAUAUUCACAAAUUAAUUUAUAAAUUUAAAGAAAUAUAUAUACACGAAAAAUAUAAGGGUUUUCGUUUUUUUCAUGUAAGACUCGAGAGAAAUCACAUGUUUGAGGUUUUGGAAUUUUUAGGAAGAGAAUUAGCAAAAACUUAUAUACAUAUAAUUUGUUUGUGUUGUGAUCCAUGUAAAAUGAUCAUGCCACAUUUUUUUCAUGUAAUUCUUGAUGUUUAAUGGAAGUAAAUAUCAAUACUCGCGUUUAAUCUUUA